UAUACUUUUAAAAAGAUAUCCAAAUCGUAUCACUGAUGCGCAGAACAAUAAUACUUGUUAUGGAUAAUUCGGCAUGGAUGGACAUUGCAUUACAAAAAGCCGAAGAAUCUUUGAGAGCUGGCGAGGUCCCGGUCGGCUGUUUAUUUAUAUAUAAUAACGAGAUUAUUGCGACGGGCAAUAAUACAGUGAACGAGACUUGUAAUGCAACCCGUCACGCGGAAAUCAAUUGUAUCGACCAAGUAUUAAAGUUCUGUGAGGAUAAGUCGAUGGAUUACAAGACGGUGUUUCGUAAUCUCGAUGUAAUUGUCACGGUAGAGCCAUGCAUAAUGUGUAUGUCGGCAUUGCUUCAACUACAAGUACGCAGUAUUGUAUAUGGCUGUGCGAACGAUCGUUUCGGCGGUUGCGUCAGCGUUCUCGAGGUACCAAAGUUUUACGAUCCAAAGGUAGCGAUAGAAGGUAACGUUAAAGGGGAAGCAGCUAUGAGAUUGCUUAAAGAUUUUUACAAAGGCGUUAAUCCAAACGUACCUCAAUCAAAAGUCAAAAAGGGACGUAAGACGAAAGGAACCUCGUCAACACAGGAAUAAUCUUCCUCACAUUUAAUAUCUUUUUUUUUUUAUAACAUUACGUUUCUUUAUGCAGGAUUUAGUGUAUCACAAACAUAAGAUGUUCCUUUCUGUUUUUAACAACUACGUAUAAUUAUAUGCUGCUCUGACGUAUGAUUUGGUUUUUUUUUUUACUAAAUUAGAGUACUUUUAUAAUUGUUUGUACUUUAAAUAUAUAACAUAUACAAAUACAAUAAUACUAGAAAAUAAUAUAAGUCCAAGGAUUUGUUUCUAUACGUUACAUGUACCUCAUUACCUCUAUGUGUCAUUAAAUGUUUUAUUUUAUAA